GAAGACAAAACAGGCUACGUGUCAGGAAAAGGAGAAUCGGCUAAAGGGGCGAAAGCGACAAGGCCCCCUGAGUCUACCUGUCUGCAGUAUUUCAAGUUGUUUUUGUUGUCGAGUUGGAGUUAUCUUUCCAAAUUUUUAUAGGGAGACAACUGAGGACCUGUGACGAUGUUAACCAAAUUUGAGACAAAGUCGGCCCGAGUGAAAGGCCUAAGUUUCCAUCCCAAAAGACCAUGGGUUCUUGCCAGUUUACACAACGGUGUAAUCCAGCUGUGGGACUAUCGGAUGUGCACCCUGAUUGACAAAUUUGAUGAGCAUGAUGGUCCCGUCAGAGGUAUUGAUUUCCACAAACAGCAGCCACUUUUUGUGUCUGGAGGAGAUGACUACAAAAUCAAGGUGUGGAACUACAAACUGAGACGCUGCCUCUUUACCCUCCUGGGGCACCUGGACUACAUCAGAACCACUUUCUUUCACCAUGAGUACCCUUGGAUUCUGAGUGCUUCGGACGAUCAAACCAUUCGCAUUUGGAACUGGCAGUCCAGGACCUGCGUGUGUGUACUGACGGGCCACAAUCACUAUGUGAUGUGCGCUCAGUUCCAUCCUUCUGAGGACCUGGUGGUGUCGGCCAGCCUGGACCAGACCGUGCGAGUGUGGGAUAUCUCCGGUCUGAGGAAGAAGAAUUUGUCUCCCGGCGCCGUGGAGACGGAUGUGCGCGGCAUCUCUGGAGUGGACUUGUUUGGCGCCUCGGAUGCUGUUGUGAAGCACGUCCUGGAGGGUCAUGACCGCGGGGUCAACUGGGCAGCCUUCCACCCCAGCAUGCCCCUCAUCGUGUCUGGAGCCGACGACAGGCAGGUGAAGAUCUGGAGGAUGAACGAGUCAAAGGCGUGGGAGCUGGACACGUGCCGCGGCCACUACAACAACGUGUCCUGCGCCGUCUUCCACCCCCGCCAGGAGCUCAUCCUAUCCAACUCGGAGGACAAGAGCAUCCGUGUGUGGGACAUGUCCAAGAGGACUGGCGUCCAGACCUUCCGGCGCGACCACGACCGCUUUUGGGUGCUCGGGGCCCACCCCAACCUGAACCUCGGCAUGAUUGUGUUCAAGCUGGAACGUGAGCGCCCCGCAUACGCCGUGCACGGCAACAUGCUGUACUACGUGAAGGACCGCUUCCUCCGUCAGCUGGACUUCAACAGCAGCAAAGACACCGCCGUCAUGCAGCUGCGCAGUGGGUCGAAGUUCCCCGUGUUCAGCAUGUCUUACAACCCUGCUGAAAACGCCGUGCUUCUCUGCACAAGAGCAACCAACCUGGAGAACAGCACCUAUGACCUGUACUCCAUUCCCAAAGAAAGUGACUCCCAGAACCCUGAUGCACCGGAGGGGAAAAGAUCUUCUGGUCUGACGGCCGUUUGGGUGGCGAGGAACAGAUUUGCCGUCUUGGACCGCAUGCACUCUCUUCUGAUUAAAAACCUGAAGAAUGAGAUCGUGAAGAAAGUCCAGGUGCCGAGCUGCGAGGAAAUCUUCUACGCGGGCACCGGCUCGCUGCUGCUGCGCGACGCUGACGGCAUCACGCUGUUCGACGUGCAGCAGAAGCGCUCUCUGGCCACCGUCAAAAUCGCCAAGGUCAAGUACGUGGUGUGGAGCUCUGACACCAGCCACGUGGCUCUGCUGGCCAAACACGCUAUUAUGAUCUGCAACCGUAAGCUGGAGAGUCUUUGCAACAUUCAUGAGAACAUCAGAGUGAAGAGCGGAGCCUGGGACGAGAGUGGGGUCUUCAUCUACACCACCUCCAACCACAUUAAAUACGCCCUGACUUCAGGUGAUCACGGCAUCAUCAGGACCCUGGAUUUGCCCAUUUAUGUGACCCGUGUGCGAGGGAACAGCGUCUACUGCCUGGACAGAGAGUGCAGGCCCCGUGUCCUCACCAUCGACCCCACGGAGUACCGCUUCAAGCUGGCCCUGGUCAACCGUAAAUACGAUGAGGUGCUCCACAUGGUGCGCAACGCCAAGUUGGUGGGCCAGUCGAUCAUUGCCUACCUGCAGAAGAAGGGCUACCCUGAGGUGGCGCUGCACUUUGUCAAGGAUGAAAAGACUCGCUUUAGCCUGGCCCUGGAGUGCGGCAACAUAGAGGUGGCGCUGGAGGCAGCGAAGGCCCUGGAUGAGCGCAGCUGCUGGGAGCGUCUGGGCGAGGCGGCUCUGCUCCAGGGGCACCACCAGGUGGUGGAAAUGUGCUACCAGAGGACCAAGAACUUCGACAAGCUCACCUUCCUCUACCUCAUCACUGGGAAUUUGGCCAAGCUGCGCAAAAUGAUGAAGAUUGCUGAGAUCAGGAAAGACAUGAGCGGCCACUACCAGGCAGCCCUGUACCUGGGAGACGUCAGUGAGAGGGUUCGCAUCCUGAAGAACUGUGGACAAAAGUCUCUGGCUUACCUGACGGCUGCCACACAUGGACUGGAUGAAGAAGCUGAGGCCCUAAAGGAGACUUUUGACCCAGAAAAAGAGACGGUGCCAGAGGUUGAUCCGAAUGCACAGCUGCUGCAGCCUCCUCCACCCGUCAACCCUCUGGACACCAACUGGCCUCUGCUCACCGUGUCAAAGGGCUUCUUUGAGGGAGCCAUUGCCGCAAAAGGGAAAGCGGGUCAGAUGGCUGCGGACCUGGAUAUGGAUGCUGCUGGAGGCGAGGGCUGGGGAGACGAUGCUGAGCUGACCAUGGUGGAAGAUGGCUUUGUGGAUGCCCAAGAGGGAUUCGGGGAUGAGGGAAUCGCGAAAGAGGAGGGAGGAGGCUGGGAGGUUGAGGAAGACUUGGAGCUUCCUCCGGAGCUUGACGUGCCCGUGGGAGCAGGUGGAGGAACAGAGGAUGGGUUCUUCGUGCCUCCCACCAAGGGCACGAGUCCCAGCCAGAUGUGGUGCAACAACUCCCAGCUGUCGGUGGACCACAUCCUGGCCGGCUCCUUCGAAACGGCCAUGAGACUGCUCCACGACCAGGUUGGAGUGGUGAACUUUGGGCCCUACAAGUCGCUCUUCAUGCAGACCAUGUCCAGAGGCCGGACCUGCUACCUGGGCCUGCCUUCGCUGCCCUGCCUGCGCAGCCACCCGCAGCGCAACUGGAAGGACUGCGGCCUGAAGCAGGGGCUGCCCGCCGUGGGGCUGCGCCUCUCUGACCUCAUCGCCCGCCUGCAGCAGUGCUACCAGCUGACCACCGCCGGGCGCUUUGAGGAGGCGGUGGAGCGCUUCAGGGCCAUCCUGCUCUCCGUGCCCCUGCUGGUGGUCGACAACAAGCAGGAAAUUGCAGAGGCUCAGCAGCUGAUCACAAUCUGCAGAGAGUACAUUGUGGGUCUGACCAUGGAGACCGAGAGGAAGAAGCUGCCUAAAGACACGUUGGAUCAGCAGAAGAGGCUGUGUGAGAUGGCUGCUUAUUUCACCCACUGCAACCUGCAGCCCGUCCACAUGGUGCUGGUGUUGCGCACCGCUCUGAACCUCUUCUUCAAACUCCGUAACUUUAAAACAGCUGCAGGAUUUGCACGACGCCUCCUCGAGCUCGGGCCGAAGCCAGAUGUCGCACAGCAGACCCGGAAAAUUUUGGCGGCCUGUGAGAAAACUCUGACGGACGCCCAUCAGUUGAACUACGAUCCCCACAAUCCAUUCGACCUGUGCGCCGCCUCCUACGUUCCCCUCUACCGCGGGCGUCCGGUUGAGAAGUGCCCGCUGUCUGGAGCCUGCUACUGCCCCACUUAUAAGGGCCAGAUCUGCAGGGUCACACAGGUGACGGAGAUCGGAAAGGAUGUGAUCGGUCUGCGUACCUGGAAAUUGAACUUGAACCACAAGCCAAGUGUCAGCUGUACUUCUGUAGAGAAGAAGAUUUAUGUUCAUCUUAAUUACACUAUCCCAUGUGUGCGGCUCCUCAAUGCAACACAUCAAAUAGGGUGCCAGUCUUCUUUGUCGGGGGAUGUAGGUGUGCUCCAUUUGCUCGAAUCAGAGGAAAACCUGGACUGGGUCCUGAGCUCGGGCCCUAACCCUCCUUAUAUGGUUAUACUUGAGCCCGCUCUCUUUACGAGAUCCAUCAUGAUGAAGAUGAAGAACGGCUCGAGCAGGGUUGCCGGUGUUGUUGUCGUGCAGCCGAGCUCAAACCCACCGGAGGGCUUCUCUCCCCACAACCAAUGCCCCAACGAGAACACAGGUGUGUACACGGAGAGCUAUGACCCGGCCCUGGCCCACUGUAACACGACGUUGUGGAACCCUCAGGGGAACAACCUGGCCUACGAGGAGUUUGACUUCCCGAUCUUCUCCCUAAAAGACGACAAUGACACACAGGUCAUACGACAGUGUUACAUGGACCACAACCGCCCCGUGAACGGCAGUACCCCUCAGUACCCGCUCUGCGCCAUGCAGCUCAGUUCCCACAUGUCGGCCGUCACCGACACCGCUACAUGCAUGAGGAGAAACGGCAUCAAUUUCAGCCUCAACCCAGAGGUGGUGUGCGACCCUUUGGGUGACUACAAUGUUUGGGCCUCCAGCAGACCUCUGAACACCACAGCCAAGGGCCACAAGAUGAAUGAGAGCGUGAUCAUUGCUGCUGCAAGGAUGGACAGCAGGUCUUUUUUCUUCGAUGUUGCUCCAGGAGCGGACAGCGCAGCCUCGGGGUUGGUCACUCUGCUGGCGGCCGCCCACGCUCUGCGGGACGUCACGGCUCAGCUGAACCGCACCAUCUUCUACACUUUCUUCAAUGGGGAAACCUUUGACUACAUCGGAAGCUCCAGAAUGGUCUACGACAUGGAGAAGGACCAUUUUCCUGUUGACCUGGACAAUGUCCACUCAGUGCUGGAGAUCGGGCAGGUGGGAAUGCAUGCAGACGCCAAGCUCUGGCUUCACUCUGAUCCUGUUUCCAAUAGAAACAGCAGCAUACAGGAAGAGGUGAGGACACUCAUCAGCAGAUUGCAGUUAGCCGCCACAGGUUUAAGCUUCUCAUUGGAGGAACCGGCGUCCAGUCAGCCGCUGCCGCCAUCGUCCUUCCAGCAGUUCCUGCGAGCUCAGCCAAUCCCUGGGGUUGUUAUCGAGAAUCACCAGUCCAGUUUCACUAACAAGUACUAUGAGAGCAUGUACGACAACGCUGACUACCUGAACGUGUCUUACCCUCCAAACCUGACGCCAGAGGAGCAGCUCGAGUUCAUCACAGACACAGCAAAGGCUCUGGCUGAGGUGGCCACAAUGGUGGCUCGAGCCCUGUAUGCACAGGCCGGAGGAGAGGAAACCAUGCGGGACAGCAUUCAAGCAGACCAAAGCCUAGUUAACAAAAUGUUGUACAGCUUCCUUGUUGAGUCCAAUAACACCUGGUUACAGCAGCUCGUCCCGUCUGACCUCCAGAGCCACCUGACCAACAGAUCCACAAACUUCUAUAUCGGUGUGGUUCAACACACCAGCGAGCCGACUUUCCUGCUCCAGUACCUGUUGGCUAACCUGACGGGCAGCGCCAUCAACAUCACCAAGGACAACUGCCAGAACUCCAGAGAAAAUGAGGACGACAAGGACAGCAAAGACCUGUACACUUACAUGUGGGUUAAAGGCGCCGCCCCCCCCAACAGCACAGACUGGGAGGGCUUCUGUGUUCGCUCCACCAUGCGUCUCUCCCCGGCGCUGUCCCCGGCCUUCGACCUGGAGGACUACACCUCCAAAAACUACUCCACCUGGUCGGAGUCCAGGUGGAAGACCACCAAGGGACGCAUAUUCCUGGUGGCCAGCCACGACCUGGAGAUGCUGACGCUGGGCGUAGGGGUGGGCGUGCUGCUGGCCUCUUUCCUCCUGACGUACUUCAUCAGCUCAAAGGCCGACAUCCUCUUCAACUCGGGGAGGGAACCCGCCAGCGCCACCUACUGAUUCCCCCCCCCCCCCCCUCCGCCCGCCUCCCCCCCCCCACCUCCCCCCCCCCCCACAGACACACACCACGCAUAGGUACACAGACGACGGGUGGGACUCAGCCCAGGGCUUUCUCCCGGACGACCACGUCACUUUGAUGGACUCACCGACGUGAGGCGUGAGGGCCGGGCCGGCCGGGCCAGACUCACCGGGGUCAGGAAGCACUGGUCAGGCACCAGCGGGCCCUGCCAGUGCAAAAGAUGUUUAUAUUCCUUUCAUUUGAGGUUUUCGUUUCCCCUUUUUAUCGUCCAAGAAUGUCCUGUUUACUGCGUCAUGGGAGGGGCACUAAACAUCAAGCAUUAUUCUGAGCGUGUGAAUGGUUCUGGUGACCGAGCGGACCGCCUGAUUUAGUGAGUACGAACUAUUAACCAGGAUGGGUGUGCGUCUGAAAUUUUGUACAGGGAUUGCAAAGGUAUGUGCAAUACUGUAGCCGUCUUCUUUGUCAAUGUAGUUAACUUAUCAAUCAGUUCUAUUGAUAAAAAAACCAACAACCACUUUCUGAGUCAGUGAACAAGUAGUAAAGUUUCUGUUCAAGCUUUUGCAACAUCUGGAAAUGUGCAGUGAUGUGUUUUUAUACAGUCUAGAUCCUGAAAUGUUAUCAAGAAACGAAGUCCCAGCGAUCGGCUUUUGUGCGUGUAGGUUUCUGACCCACUGCAGCGAUACUGACGGGGACGUUUUUAAAGGAAGGAGGAAGUCUCCAAGACUCCAGCACGGCUAACAACAAUUUUUAUUCCUCUGACCCAGCUGUAAGGAUCUUCAAAAGCCGUCAAAGAAUCUUUGAUUCGGGGAGAAACGGGGAGUUGAAACACUGAAAAGGCGCUGGUACUCUGGCUGGGCAGGAUCUUUGGUUCUUUUCUCAACCUAAGGAUAACCGUGGAAAUGAAACAACUCUAAAGGUUUUAAUUCUGUUGAGGGGUGUUCAUUAACAGGCUGGAAUCAAAGACCAGUUGUGAUGCCUUGAAGGAAUAAAAAUGGCUUCUUUUUCCAAAAGUUUCUCUAAGUUUGGUUUGAGUUUGAUGCAUAAUGUUCUUUUUUUUUUAAGCCCAGAUUUCUGUUGUAAAUUAUGUCAAUUUGACUUUGUAAAGACCAGAGUGUUGUCAGUGUGCCACAUAUUGUGACUGGUAUCAGGUAUAUGGGUUUUUAAAUCAAGGUUAACAUGUAAUUUAAACUAAUAUUGGAUCUCAAAAAUGUAAAAAAGGGACCACUCUGCCUUCAUGGUCCCAUUUUCCACUUGACGCUUUGCAACAGUUAAAUGAAUCCUCUGAUGAUAUUCCUGAGAAAUGUAAGAGAAAACAGGGAAAUCCCUGAUGAGAACUGCAGCCAUUUUGUUGUUCAGAACAGCAAACUUAAGUCUUAAAUGAUGUUGAUUAAACUCUAAAUUACAGACUCGUCUUUGGGCCGAUUCAGACGAACUCUCUGCUCUUUAUCACGUCCAGAAAGCCCCAAAGAUUUGGGUAAUUGUGUCCUCUAUUGCAGGUUACAGAGUAUUAAAAAACAAAAACCUUUACGCAACACUACUUUAUGCUUAUUUUAUUCAGCUAAUUACCAAUGACUCACAUCAGACCUGU